UGUCUGUCCGGGAAAUACGGAAGUGUCAAGUGCAUCAAAGUUCAAUCGCAUUUAGUUUUCUGCCAGGCUGGUUAAAGAUCACCGAACAUAAAUUUCAGUGGCCUACCCGUGUUUCUGUUGUUGUACUACUGAAGAUUUGUUUCUUGUAGCCUCCAAGAUUUAUUGCCUGGUAGUCAUGGAGAGAGUGAGAGUUGUUUCGGGGCAUCUUACUUCACCUAAAGAGAGAUUUGUUCAGCCAGUGCUUGAGCUAUCACCGUGCGCGGUGUCGAUAGCUAAUCAAGAUGACAUUGUUGUGGUUCAUGGAUUGCGCACAGCAAUAGGAAGAGCGAAACGAGGGUCAUUCAAAGAUACAACUCCAGACGAGCUCCUCAGCACUGUCAUGACAGCCGUCUUAAAGGAUGUUGAGUUGUCACCUGGAAAAUUGGGUGACAUAUGUGUUGGGAAUGUAUUGCAGCCAGGAGCAGGUGCACUAGUUGCGAGGAUAGCCCAGUUUCUGAGUGGGAUCCCCGAGACUGUGUCAGUCUACACUGUAAACAGACAGUGUUCAUCUGGACUUCAGGCACUAUUCAAUAUUGCUGGAGGAAUUCGAAAUGGAUCUUAUGACUUUGGGCUUGCGUGUGGCAUGGAGAGCAUGUCACUGCGUUCUGUUGGGAAUCCUGGAGACGUGAGCUCCAGGCUCAUGGACAAUGAAAAGGCUCGUGACUGCAUCGUCCCUAUGGGAAUUACUUCGGAGAAUGUGGCAGAGCGGUUUGGCAUCACUAGAGAGAAACAGGAUGCUUUUGCCUUCAGCUCUCAGCAAAAGGCUGCGGCGGCCCAAAAGCAAGGUUUGUUUGAUUCAGAGAUUGUUCCGGUCAUCACCAAGUUUGUGGACGACAGCGGAUCAGAGCGCGCCAUCACCGUCACCAAGGAUGACGGCGUUCGGCCGGGCACUACACUGGAGGGGCUGGCCAAACUCAGACCGGCGUUCAAACCCGAUGGGAGCACCACCGCUGGUAACGCCAGCCAGGUGAGUGACGGCGCAGCCGCAGUGUUGGUGGGGCGGCGUUCGGCUGUGGAGGCCCUGGGCCUGCCCGUGUUGGGGGUCCUCCGGGCCAGUGCCGUGGUAGGGGUGCCCCCAGACGUGAUGGGCAUCGGACCUGCCUAUGCCAUCCCGGCUGCCUUGGAACAAGCAGGUUUGACAGUGGAUGAUAUUGAUGUGUAUGAGAUUAAUGAAGCAUUUGCAAGUCAGGCGGUCUACUGUGUGGAGAAGCUGGGCAUUCCCCUGGAGAAGGUGAACCCUAAUGGAGGAGCCAUCGCCCUUGGCCACCCUCUGGGUUGCACGGGGGCCCGUCAGGUUGUCACCCUGCUGAACGAGCUCAAACGCAGGGGCCGCAGGGGCUAUGGUGUUGUGUCCAUGUGUAUCGGCACAGGGAUGGGGGCAGCUGCCGUCUUUGAAUAUCCUGGACCAUGAUGGCCAGCACUCUAGGAGCUGGAUGUGUCCUCUAUGGAAAGACUGAGCAAUUGUGAUGAUAGUCACAGCACCCCUCAUGGCUAUAUCUGCAAUACGCCUGCAUUAACACUAGCAUAGAUUUGGAUGUUGCUAUGGAGGUACAUCUUCCUGGCAAUGUCAAGUAAAUUUGACAUGAUUCAUUUCAUUGUAAUAUGGAAAUGAACCAUGAUUGAUUCUGCAAAUGCAUUUAACAGACGUAAAAACCUUUCAGAUUGCUUUGGAAUGCAACAUUCACUUUAAGUGCCUCCACUUGUAAGUCAUUAAUAUCAAAGAUGUACAUGACUAAACUGGAUAAAUAUGACUUAUUAGAUAUGCUAACAAAUUCAGGGAUGAUUUAAGACUUCAAAUCUACCGAAUGAGACUGAAUUGUUAUGGGAAGUGAGUUUGUGUCAUUUGCCUUGGCUACGAGCAUCUCUUAAGGUCCAGAUGGAAAGGUUUGAGUUUCACGCAUCUGUGGCGUUCCAGCCUUGAUGCCUGCCAGGACAGAACCAUGGAAGGCAGGCAGAUCGCUGGCCCAGCCACUGUCUUUUAUUUGUCCUAAAUAACCAUUACAUGUUUCAGUUAAUUUCAAUCUUAUUGAGCUAGACUUUUUGUCAAUUUAUGAGAAGAAUGUUUGUCAAUUUUAUAAAAACCAUGACUAAUAGUAAUCAUUAAAGAUAAUAAAACAAA